UCUGUUAUGAAACACGUUACAGUAGUAGGGCACUGGAGGAGCACCGAGGGAUUCUCAGGCAGAGGCUGCUGGCACGUACCCGGUACCCAUCGCAGAUCCGUACUCCUCCAGGACCGAAGAAAUGCUUCUUUCUCUGGGCUUGACAUAAACACCACUCCCGAUUACAAUGGCCCCAAAUUCCAUCCACUGGUUCCGUAAGGGACUGCGCCUCCAUGACAAUCCGGCACUCCGGGAGGCGGUGCGGGGGGCUGGCACCGUGCGCUGCGUUUACUUCCUGGACCCGUGGUUCGCAGGCUCGUCUAACGUCGGGGUCAACAGGUGGAGGUUUCUGCUCCAGUGUUUAGAAGAUUUGGACGCAAGUCUCCGAAAACUCAACUCCCGCCUUUUUGUCAUCCGGGGCCAACCAGCAAACGUUUUCCCGCGCCUCUUCAAGGAGUGGAAGAUUUCCCGGCUGACCUUUGAGUACGACUCAGAGCCGUUCGGGAAGGAGCGGGACGCCGCCAUCAAGAAGCUGGCCAUGGAGGCGGGGGUGGAGGUCAUCGUCAAGAUAUCACACACACUCUACGACCUGGACAAGAUCAUCGAGCUGAACGGCGGACAGCCUCCUCUCACCUACAAGCGUUUCCAGACGCUGAUCAGCCGGCUGGAUCCGCCCGAGAUGCCGGUGGAGACGCUGUCGGACGCGCUGAUGGGCGGUUGCGUCACGCCCGUCUCCGAGGACCACGGGGAAAAGUACGGCGUCCCGUCGCUGGAGGAGCUGGGUUUCGACACCGAGGGCCUCCCUUCAGCUGUGUGGCCUGGAGGAGAGACUGAAGCUCUGACUAGGAUAGAGCGCCACCUGGAGAGAAAAGCGUGGGUGGCUAACUUCGAGCGUCCCCGGAUGAACGCCAACUCGUUGUUGGCCAGCCCCACCGGCCUCAGCCCCUACCUGCGCUUCGGCUGCCUCUCCUGCCGCCUCUUCUACUUCAAACUCACCGACCUCUACCGCAAGGUAAAAAAGAACAGCUCUCCUCCGCUCUCGCUGUACGGACAGCUACUGUGGCGCGAGUUCUUCUACACCGCGGCUACCAACAACCCGCGCUUCGACAAGAUGGAGGGAAACCCCAUCUGCGUCCGCAUCCCGUGGGACAAGAACCCCGAGGCGCUUGCCAAGUGGGCCGAGGCCAAGACCGGCUUCCCCUGGAUAGACGCCAUCAUGACUCAGCUGAGGCAGGAGGGCUGGAUCCAUCACCUGGCCCGGCACGCCGUGGCCUGCUUCCUCACCAGAGGAGACCUGUGGAUCAGCUGGGAGGAAGGGAUGAAGGUUUUCGAGGAGCUGCUUCUGGACGCAGACUGGAGUGUGAAUGCGGGCAGCUGGAUGUGGCUGUCCUGCAGUUCAUUCUUUCAGCAGUUUUUCCACUGCUACUGCCCCGUGGGCUUCGGCCGGCGCACCGACCCCAACGGGGACUUCAUCAGGCGAUACUUACCUGUUCUCCGAGGUUUUCCCGCCAAGUACAUCUACGACCCCUGGAACGCCCCAGAGUCCGUUCAGGCGGCAGCCAAGUGUAUCAUCGGAGUCCAUUACCCGAAACCCAUGGUGCACCACGCGGAGGCCAGCCGGCUCAACAUCGAGAGGAUGAAGCAGAUCUACCAGCAGCUGAGCCGAUACAGAGGCCUGGGUCUGUUAGCUUCUGUCCCCUCCACAAACGGGAACGGAAACGGAGGAAUGAUGGCCUACUCUCCUGGAGAGCAGCAGUCAGGGACCAACAACAACAAUUCACAUUUGCCUGGAGUGUCAGGAAGCUCGGUGGCCACAGGGAGCGGCAGCGGGAGCAUUUUAUUUAACUUUGACAACGAAGAACAGACGAGACCCAGCAACGUUGGACAACAGCAACAGCAGCGACUUCACACACUGCCACAGAACCAACAUCAGCAGCAACAUGCAGGAUACCACUCAGUGCCAGACGCCAGCCAGAACAUCACCAGCAGCCGACUCUUUCAUGAGUUUGCUGUGCCUCAACACCCAGGCCUCCUCCUGCACACCAGGGGCAGCGGCAUCACAGGAAAGCGAGAGCGCGAGUCGGAACGGGAAGCGUCGGGGGAAGAGGAGCCGGCGUCCUGCUCUGUGAACAAAAUGCAGAGACAGAGUGCAGAGACAUCUUAGGCCUGGUGGAGACGAGACGACUUGAAAACACGUUAGCAUCACCAUCCUGUCGGAUGUUUGAGGAAAAGCCCGACGUCGCCUCCUGAGCUCCAUCCGGACACGACGACCUGCCUGUCGAUCUCAACGCACCACAACUGUGUGUCUUUUUUUUUUUCUUUUUUCAAAGCUCCCAGAGGUAUAAACACAAAGGUGAAAAUGGGAUGAUUUUUUAAAUCCAAUGACAAUUUCUUUUUUUUUUUUUUUUUAAAGAAAUUGGUUCUUUCAGGUGGGACAGCAUGAGAAGAAUGUGCAAAACGCCUCAAACCUACGUCUUGGUUAAAAUGUUUGCAAAAAAAUAAGUUUAAUUAACAAGAAAAAUAACAAAAAAGCACUUAAUUGUCUUAAAACUGCUGCCACCAGCCAAUAUAAACUGUACAGGUACUGAAUUGCAGCUAUAAUUGUGAUAAUGGAUUUAUUUUUUCUCCCUUUUACAGUAAAACUACCUAAGACACUAAAUCCCACCCAUCAGUUUUACAUCUUCACAGCAAAAUAAUGCAGUUUUAAUAUUUGUUUUAUGCACCGGAGCAAUAUUUGUUUUAUUUUAUUUAAUAAAAAUGUGGACAUCUAAAAAUGAAGGACAGUUUUUAUUGAAAUAUACAGAACUCUGAGGGUUUUUUUCUUAAAUCAAUAAAAGUAUAAGUUUUGACAGCGACAACCAGGCAGGUACUUUCAGGGACUUUAUAGAAAUAAUCCAAGUACUUUCUCAGUUCACCUGUUGUUAGUUUGCAUUCAUUCGAUGUCCAACUGGUCGUUUUUUUGUUUUGUUUUGUUUUUUCUUUAGUCUGCCGCUGCCUGCUUGGUGUAAGAGAUUAUUUGUUGGCAGCUGGUGACUGAAGGUUUAUUUUUGUUUGGAGGUUUUAAGGCACAAAGCACAGGAAUCUAAUUACACAAUGUGUAACGAAGCACCUCAGACCAGCUCCAUUCUUCAUCUUGGAUUGUUUUUACAGUGUGUUACUACAGAUUACUUUGAAGAUUGCUUUUAACUUGGUUGUUUAUGCUGUAAAAAAAAAAGAAAAAGAAAAACGUUUUAAAGAUGUGAAAUUUUCCAUAAAAAAUCUUUUAGGGUUCCUUUACUUUUGUUUUUUUAUUUAUUGUCAUAGAUGUCAUUGUGAGUCACCCACAUCACAAACAAUAACUAUAAAAAGAUUUGUAAAUAUGGGUUUAGUUCAGUGAAAAACAGUGAUAACGGAUUGUUUCAAAGCAGUUUAAAAAGCUAUUCAAAUGAAAUACCAAGCAGCCAAUUUAAUUAUACCUGUAAUCAAUCUUUUACUUUUCCUUUCACAAUGCCACUAUUAUCCUCACACCAUCUGUCUUCAUGUCUCCCUUUGCCACUUUCUCCAAAUCUCUCAUCAUGGCAGAUGUAAACUUUUUCUUUUUCUCCUGCAGCUGUCUCUUACAUCACCUCUGAAACUCUUUACCUCCACCUCUCCCACCUACACUCACCAUUCACCAGCUUUGAAUGCCUCAGCAGUCUGUUUAAACUCAUCAACAUUUGUCCUGUUAUUGCUGACUUCCAGUCUUCUUCCACCUGCUUGCUGGACUCUCCCAGAAAAAAAAUGACAAUAUUUUCAGCUAACGUCAUAAUCAUUAUUAGAAAAAUCUGAAAAAUGUAACAUAUUUUGCAGUAGACAUCUCCCAGCCCUUUACCUUGUCUAUUUUUGGUUUACAUAAGCUUAUCCGUGACAUAGAAAAGAUCAUUUUUAUCAUGUGACGUCACAGUGAAUAAAACACAUCAUAGCAGCUGGAAACUUUACUUUUUUCCUGCAGAUAUCUCUUAGAUCACCUCUGAAACUUUUCUCCAUCCACUCCACUCUCCCUGACCCAAUCUCCUUAAACUCAUCCAUUUUUUGUCCCUCUCCUUCCUCCCAUUCAAGCUCAUGAAUUUUGUCCUGGUGCCACUGACUUUCAUUCUUCUUCCUCCUAUUUUCUGAACUCUCCCAAAAAAAUCACAAUAUCAUCGGCAAACGUCACAAUUGUCAUACUAUGAAUAUAUAAAAAUCCAAGUCCUUGUCUGUUUUAGUUUGUUUACACUUGUUUACGUGAGGUUACCAGUGGUGUUCGGAACCAUUUUAUCUGAAAUCUCACCCAACACUCAACAAAAUACAUCAGAAUGUUCUGCAAACAUUCACUUUACAUUCCUGCAGAUAUCUCUGUCCUGAAUCACUUCUGAAACUCGGGCCGCCCCGUCUCUCAUUCUUCCCUUCACCUUGAAUGGUUCACCCCAUCUGCUUAGUCACAUCAAUGAAAGACUUUCAUUCCUUUUCUGGACUCCACCAUAAAAAUUACAAUAUCAUCUGCAAACUUCAUAAUCGUCUUAUUUAAAAAGAUAUAGAAACGCAAUUGGAUGCCUCAUCUAUUUUUUUGUAUAUUUACAGUGAUUUACAUGAGCUUACCAAUAACGUAGUAGAACACGUUUAUCACCUGAAAUCACUCUAGAGAGCAAAAUACAUAAUGGCUGUCAAACUUAUUUAUGCAGAUAUCAUCUCUGCCCUCCAUCAUGUCUGAAAUUCUUCAACAAAAUUCUUAAACUCUUCCAUUUUCUGUCUCUCCUCCUAUUGAAACACAUUAAUUCUGUUUUGAAUUCACUGAUUUAUUAUUUUUCCACCUGCUUUCUGGACUCUUGCAAAAUAAAUAACAGUAUCAUCUGCAUAUGUGAUAAUCAUAAUAUUAGGAAUACAUAAAGUCGCAGUCAGGUACCUUGUGAAUUCUCUGUUUCCUUGCACUGAUUCAUGGGAUCUUACCGGUGACACAGUGAAAAUGUUUGCAUCAUCUGAAGUCGACAAACAAACAUAAAACUGAGGUCAGACGACCUGCAACUCUGGAGUUUCUGAGUCAAAAAAAAACACUUAAAAUUGCAGAUUAAAGUCGAAUUUCAAUCCAAAUAGACCUUUUCUGUAUUUACAUCACUUUUCUUUUUGAUGUGAAACUAUUUUAGGCCCAUUGUAGGGUUAGAUUAGGAUUUAUUGUACUUUAGAUAAAAGUACAGCUGUUUAAAUUAAACCCUUUCUCUGGUUCGUGUGGUUCAGUAGGAACCACUUGAAUGUUAUCGCCCUGUACCUUGAUUGUACCACAUUGCAGAUUUUCUUUCUUUUAUUCUUAUUGUUUUUGGUGUGGACGCCCACUAAUGGCAUAAAAACGACUCACAACAUCUCCCCCUUUUGAUUUUUUGUUUGUUUUGAAGAAAGGUGUUCGGACUCAGCUGUAAAUAUUAAUUAGCUUUAAUCUUUGCUGUCCCAGUUAAUCAGUUAACCUGCCGGGGGGAGUGCUGUUUGACCAUCUACAUAUUUAACUUAAAUGUUCCUAAAUUAUUAUUCACAAACCCAACGUCUCUGUGGUUUUUCCACCUCAAUGUAAUCUUGUUACAGUAUCGGUGAUUUAGUGUUUCAAAGAUUUUUAUUUAAACUUACACGACCAAAUAUGUAAAAAUAAUAAUAAUUUUCAUUGAGUCAGUAGCAUUUUCACCUUUCUGUUUCUCCCCCCAAAGUCUCAGUUUGUUUAAAAAUAACAACUUCAGAGGAUUAGACUUUUGAAAUUAAUCAAUUAAUCUGAGGGCUUAGAAGACGUUCAGUGUCUUUACAAAAAUUGCUACUUUUUUUUAAAGAUUUCAUAUAAAACUAAAAAGUCAAUGAACAAAAAGAUUAAAGCAGUAAGUUGAGCUAAAAUAAAAUAAGCGAUUGUGUUUAAAUGAGCUUAAUUCUGUCAGAAAAGCAGAAACCGACAUUCCUUAGAAUAAAUCAAAUCCUGUCUGAAGGAUUUCUACCACCAGAGAAGAAGUUAAACCACAUAUGAACACAUGGCUUCUUGUCACGUUGUGGAACCAAGAAUUGUCCAGAAUUGUACAAAACUGUUCAUUUAAAACAUAGAUAAAGGCAGAAAAUUGUUGUUAAACGUUAGAAAGAUGCAGCUGGUCUUAUUCAGGUUCUGUAUUCGUCCGCCGGCUUUUGCAUUUAUUUACAUCUGUUGAGUUGAACCAGUUAAGCCAGAAAAUGUACCAAACCCACUCUCUGUAAAAGAUACCUCUCUGAAUUAUAGAAAUCCAUAUCUAUUCGCUGUAAUUUAUAAACAAAACACAAAGGAUUUAAGAAUUAAAUCUCAGUGGGAAGAUGAAGCUGAGUAGAGAACACAAGCGUCUGGAGAACGUGUUCAGUUUGCGUGCAGCAAUAUUCGAAAUCCAUAUUAAGUUGCUAACUCUGAUGACAACUCUAGUACAUCAACCCUCGUUAUUCUGAUAAAUAGGCAAUGCUCCCUACAGCAUUUUCCAACCCGUACACAUUUCCAUGAGCAUCUUAGAUUACAGUGACGAUGACAUCCCCCACAGGAUGCUUCCCACACACAAAUCCAAAGUCUAAAAAUAAAUACAGAAAGUUACAUUUUUGUCAUGUUUAGGCAGGAGAAAACAGAUCAAGUCCCAACCUGAGAUCAGUGCCGGUUUUGUUUUAUGUGGGACGAAUAAAAGCAAGAGUCAAGUUACUUUGGAUUGGCUCUAUUCAAAUAAUCCGUGCUCUCCUGGCCAACGUUUGCGCAUUCCAAGCAUUCUAAAAAAAACAGAUCACUGCAAAAUAACUUAAACGCUUCAUUGAUGGGUGAAGUGAAGCGUUUUACUGUAGUCAGUCUUCAUGAUGACUGGUGUUUCUGCUCUCCUAAGAAAGCUCUGGUGACUCAUGUACAGUUCUUGAUAUUUGUUAAUCUGUGGUCAGGCUGCCCACGGCUUCAGGAGUAACGUAGAGGGGGAGGGUGGGUGGGUGGAUGGGUGGGGGUGAUAUUAAGAUGUAGAGUUUCUGUAUUAGAAUUCUGUAUGUCCUCAAAAAGAUUGAAACAUUAUUAGGUUUUUGUAGUUUUUAUCACAAUAGUGAAAGCAAGUUGAACCAAGUUUUUAUUCCUGAUUUUAUUUCCCAUUAUUAUUAUUAUUGUCUUUUUGUUCCCUUCUGUGACGGGAAGGUGAAAAAUACACCAUCUGUCAUUUCUGUACGUACUAUGUUCUCUCUGUUUCUCCUUGUAUAGUGAAAGGCUUUUCUUGUGCUUGAGUUCAAAUGGGGAAUUAAAACUGCUACAACUUGA